UCCACUACNUAUCAUCUUAAUUGUGAAGACGUAAUUCCCGGACCCACUCCGGAUGAAGACGUAUUCUGCCGUUUCAAAUAUCGCAAAGUAACUCCGAACGACUUUGGCUUGAGCACAGAGGAAGUGUUGACUGCCACACCGGGAGAAUUGAAUUCCUGGGUCCCAAUCACUCGGGUUACUGCAUAUAGAACUGAGGAGGAGGAAGAACGAGAUCAGCGGUUGUUCCACUCAAAUCACAAAUUGCAAAAAAAAACAAGAGUAAUCGCCUCGUUAAGUGAUCCGAACGCCCACUGGUGGCCUAGCGCGAAAGCUCAAGGAGGAGAUGGAGGGGAGACCAGCACUUCGAGUAGUCGACGAAAACGGUCAAAACGGAAACGAAAACGCGCACAUGACGCUGUUACGGCGGUUCACCAAACACUCGAAAUGGAUGUGAAACCGGUAAAGAAAACUGACUUCCAGAGGGUGAAUGGGAUCAGUAUUUCCGCGGCUCGAUUAAAAGCUAGCGGUCUCAGUGUAAAAGAUUUGCACAAAGCUCGAAAACAAAAGCCCAGACCUGACCCCCAAAAUUCGGAAGCAUCCUCUGUCAUUGUAUAG